UGAUACAUGAGGAUGUCUGUGUACUCUAGAGCAGUGCGUCUACAAACAAGACCACAGAGCUUAGGACCCUGCUGCCUGCAUUUAAAUCUCAGCUCUACAGGAUUUGAUUCACCUCUGAGAAACAAAACAAAAGCAAAACGAAACCAAAAUAAAAUAAAGCAAGAAGUUAGCUGAGUCAGCCCGAUGGACCUGGCCCUGGGGAGCAGUGAGGUUGUGAACAGAAUGUGGGUGCAGUGUGAGAAUGAAAGCUGCCUGAAAUGGAGGCUGCUGUCUCCUGCAGCUGCGGCUAAGGUGGACCACAGUGAGCCCUGGUACUGCUUCAUGAAUGCUGACUCCAGCUACAACAGCUGCACCGUUUCUGAGGAGGCUUUUCCUGAAGAAUCUCAGUUUCUUGAAAGCGGGUAUAAGAUUGUCUAUUCACAACUUCCUCUUGGAAGCCUGGUUCUGGUAAAAUUACUGAGGUGGCCAAGUUGGCCAGGAAUACUUUGUCCUGAUCCUUUCAAAGGGAAAUAUGUAACCUAUGACCAGGAUGGAAAUGUUGAAAAAUAUUACAUAGAAUUUCUGGGUGACCCUCACUCGACAGCAUGGAUAAGUGCAACGUUUGUUGGACAUUUUGGUCUCACGUUAAAGAUGGCAGAAAGUACGAAGAGGAAGAGGUGGUAUAGGAGUGCCCUUGAGGAAGCACACCAACUCUACAGGUACUCAAGAGAGCAGAGACUGGAAGCGUGCUGCCUAUCAAAGCAGGGCAGAGCCAAAACAGGCACCAAAGCUUCUGUGGUGGCCAAGAAAAGGAUGCAAGUUUCCAAAAAUAAUACUGAAAAGAAAAGGCCCAGAGUUAGAAAGAGGAAAAGGGACGCUGCUUUAAAGUGCUCUGUUGAAAUUUUUUGUUCGGAUGAAGCCCUAUCAAUGGAAAACAUGGUUGUCUCUGAGACAGAAGGUUUACUGAAAGAGCUGGAGAAAAUGCUGCAGCAAGUCCAAGAACAAGCAGCAAGAGAGGAUGAGUCGGGGGGAGCACAGUUGUCUCAGUGCAGCCCAGAAGUUCCCACAGGCAGUCCGUUUCAGAGCUACUAUGAAGAGGACUGUAUUGUGACUGACGGGACGGCACUAAAAGCUGGAGAAUGUAUUGAGAUUAUAACCAACAAUUUAAAAAAGAUAGAUGCCCUAAUAUCUGAAUUUUAGGAUGUUAUUAAAGUGUUUCCAAAAGUUAAUUAUAAAAACACUCACAGUCUUUAUAUUUUCUGUCAAAAAUUUAAAAAUAUUUAGUGAAAUAGGCAUAAAAAUUGGUAUUGUUGUUAAUUCAUACUUUGUGAAUGUCCAUGGAUUUGGGAGUGGCGUUUAAGUUAGGUGUUAGAAUUUUAAAAUUUAAGAAAAAUCCUGAUGUUUGUAUUUGUAAAAUUUUUUGUUUUGCUUUUAUAAUUGUUUAUUAAAUUUAAUCAUAAACAGGUGCUGUACAUGAGUAUUUAGGCUAUCAAACUGGACUAUUAAAUUGGCUACCUGUUCUGUUAACAAGUCUCAGUGGGAACUAAAAUGUAACACAUGUAGACAGUGUUUUUGUAGUUGGCUGGAACUAUUUUCAUCUAUAAGAAAAUAUUAAAGAUAUAGUCAUAUAAUAAAGUUUGAGAAUUCUCAAAAGA